ACCACUAUGUCGUUCACCUCCAGAUCCUACACCUCUUCCAGGGCCCUCAGCGUGUAUGGGGGUGCCAGUGGCCACGGUUCCCGCAUCUCCACCUGCCAAGCUGGGGGAUUCUGUGGCACAUCUUCCUCCAGGGCUGGCUUAGACCUGGCUGACGGCCUGGACCUCCACGUGUCAGCCAACAAGAAGUCCACCAUGCAGAACCUGAACGACCGCCUGGCCUCCUACCUGGAGAAGGUGAGAUGUCUGGAGAAGGAGAACGUCGAGCUGGAGAAGAAAAUUAAGGAAUGGUAUGCGUCACGCACGGUUAUCUGCCAUGACCACAGCGCCUACUUUGCCACCAUCGCUGGCCUGAAGGACAAGAUCCAUUUGGCAUCCAGGUCCAAUGCGAAGACUUUGCUGGACAUUGACAAUGCCAAGCUUGCUGCUGAGGACUUCAAGAUGAAGUAUGAGAACGAGCAGGCCAUGAGGAUGGCAGUGGAGGCAGACAUCAGUGGUCUGAGGAGGGUCCUGGGUGACAUGAACCUGGGCCGCUCUGACCUGGAGAUGCAUUACGAGGGUCUGAAGGACGAGCUCAUCAUGCUCAAGAGGAACCACCAGGAGGAGAUUGCCCUGGUGAAGUCCCACGUGGGCAGCCAGGUGAAUGUAUCGGUGGAUGCUGCCCCAUCCCAGGACCUGAACGCAGCGAUGACCGAGAUUAGGAAGCACUACGAGUCUGUGGCCGUCAAGAACCGCAAAGAGCUGGAAGCCUGGUACCAGGGCAAGCUGGCCACAGUGGAGAUUGAAGUCGUGACAAACAAUGAGCAACUGGUGAGCUGCCUCACAGAGUCGAAGGAGUCCAAGAACACUCUCCAGAGGCUUCAGAUUGAACUGCAGUCCCAUCUGAGCAUGAAAUCCUCCCUAGAGGGCACCCUGACAGACACCCAGAAGCGCUACUCUGCUCAGCUGGCAGGGCUCCAGAGCAAGGUGACUAGCCUGGAGCUCCAGCUCUCCCAGCUCCACGCCAACAUCGCACACAACAAGCAGGAGUACGACAUGUUGCUGAACCUCAAGACCCGCCUGGAGCUGGAGAUUGCAGAGUACAGGAGGCUGCUGGAUGGAGAGGACGACGGCUCCACCCAAGUGGUUACUAAGACGAUCACCGUGACCCAGACCACUGUGGAUGGAAAGGUGAUGGAAACCACUGAGUCUUUUAAAUAAGUUAUUAACAGAACCAUCAAUAAAGA